UAUUUUAUUGUGAAGGGGUGGGACGGGAAAGCGUGCAGUUGAAGGUAGGACCGAAAGCUAGCCAAGAUGGCGGAGUACUUGGCGUCGAUUUUUGGGACAGAGAAAGACAAAGUAAAUUGCUCUUUUUAUUUUAAAAUUGGUGCCUGUCGACAUGGUGACCGCUGCUCCAGAUUACACAAUAAGCCCACUUUCAGCCAGACCAUUGCCCUCCUGAACAUUUACCGCAACCCUCAAAACAGCGCGCAGUCUGCUGAUGGCCUUACCUGUGCCAUCAGUGACAUGGAAAUGCAGGAGCACUAUGAUGAGUUUUUUGAGGAGGUCUUCACAGAAAUGGAGGAGAAGUACGGCGAGGUGGAGGAAAUGAACGUGUGCGACAACCUGGGAGACCACCUCGUGGGGAACGUGUAUGUGAAGUUCCGCUGCGAAGAGGAUGCCGAGAAGGCGGUGAUCGACCUGAACAAUCGCUGGUUCAAUGGGCAGCCCAUCCAUGCUGAGCUCUCGCCUGUCACAGACUUCAGGGAAGCUUGCUGUCGCCAGUAUGAAAUGGGGGAGUGCACUCGAGGUGGCUUCUGCAAUUUCAUGCACCUGAAGCCCAUCUCGCGCGAGCUGAGGAGAGAGCUAUAUGGACGUCGCCGGAAGGGAGGCCGUCACAGGUCCAGGUCACGUUCCAGAGACCGCCGAUCCCGCUCAAGGGACCGGGACAGAGGGGACCGAGGAGGCCGAGGGGGCGGCCGCGACCACGAUAGACGCCGUUCCCGAGACAGAGAGCGCUCGGGACGCUUCUGAACCACAAGCCAUGACGACAUGCUUCCUUGUACCAUCCUCACCAGUUGUUUUUUUUUUUUUUCUUUUUCUCCUUUUUCUAAAGUUUGUACCCUCCCACUUGUAUUGUAGGAAGAAUUGAGUGGUACCAGAUGUUAAAGCUGUGAUGGCUGUAAGUUGUUAUGUUCUAAAAUUACUUUCACCCCAUUAAAAUUUUUAUGUAACGUGA